GCGUGACGUGAGUCAGUCUGCAGACAGGGCAAACGAACGCGACACUGCGCCAGUGUUCCUCCAGACGGCGAGUUGUUCGCAUGUUUCCACGUUAACACGCUUUCUCCAUUAGUGCAUUCGAGGCAGAACAGUGUCGACACAACCGAAUGGUUGCGAAAGUUUGCGCGAUGAUAUAUAAGUGAGAGCCAGCAUCGGACGUCAGGGUAACGCUCAUCGCACACGGUGAGCCAGUUUAUUCAACUAAAGACAUUCGAAACUCGCCAGCUGUGAGGGACGGGGGGCGCCAGACGCCGUCGGGUCGUACACGCGGGACCAGCCAUUCCUAACACAUACUUACUUUGAGAGAGAAACGGAAAGCAAUUUUUAAUGUGUCAAGUCAGUAUAGCAUAUUGCUGCUACGUCAGAUCGCAGAACGCCUCGAGCAAGAACUACAAGGUUAUGCAAAUGAGUUCUGAACGCUUCUAUACCAGGGGUAAUCUAAAGACCAUUCACAACUUUAAUAAACUUUAACAAUUGCGUUCAUAGUACGGUGUUUAGUGCUUAUCUGUAUCGUUUUCCUGUCUUUCUAUUAUCGUUCGGUGUCGCGAUCGCUAAUUGCUAAUUACUUGGAGCCGAGUGAUAAGAAGUUUGAGUGAGUGAUUGCGGAGCACGGAGCACCAGUGCAGCGAGUGCAGCUCUCGAGCCACAGCCACAGCAGACGCGGACGAUGGCGGCCACGCAGGAGGAGACCUUGCUAUCGCGCUGCGAAGUCCCCAUCAUCGACCUCGCACAUAUUGUUGCGGGUACCGAUGGAUGCCCCAUGAAGUCUGUGGUACGUCGCAUCGGCCAGCAACUGUUCGCGGCGCUCAGCGGCAAAGGCCUCGCCAUGCUCGUCAACCAUGGUAUCGCUGAUGAAAAGUUGAAGGCCGUGUACGCUGAUUUGGACAACCUGUGCGCGCUGCCCGAGGGCUGCAGGGCUCAGUACCUGUGCAACCCUGUCAGCAACCAUGGUUAUUUGAGACCCGGGAUGGAGCAGUUCGACACCACUAAGCAGGAAUUGCGUCACUCGUACAACAUAACAUCGCUGUCCGCGGCGGCGUUCCCCGCGCAGGAGGACGUGCCUCAGUUCCCGCAGCACGCGGUGCCGCUCGCACACGACCUCACCAACCUGUCCCGUGUGCUGCUGCAAGCGCUAGCUUACGCAUUCGGGUUGCCACCGGCGACACUACUGGGUUGCCAUGCUGGCAUGCUGCGCAGCGAGGGCGGGAACGCGUCCAGUAUGCGGCUGUUGUACUACCCGCCCGUGCCGCCGGAGGACGACGCACGUCACGAGCAUCACGCUACGUACACGCGCUGCGGGGCGCACGCCGACUGCUGCACCUUCACGCUGCUCGCACAGGACUCGGAGGGCGGUCUUGAGGUGAAACUGAACGGUAGUGAGAAAUGGCAAGCGGUGGGUCACCUGCCGGGCGCCAUCCUCGUACAGACUGGGGAGCUACUCGCCUCCUGGACCACCAACCUGUUGCCCGCGCUGCUGCACCGCGUUGUCGUGCCCUCAGGAGCCUACGCGCGCGCCCGUGGACGUCACUGCGUCGCCUUCUUCUGCCACCCUGACAGCGAAGCCACUUUACCCAAGUUCCCUCCCCUGCCCAUCGCUCCCACCCCUCCCCCGCCCGUCUUCACCCCCCACCUCACCCUGCACCACCGUCUGCUGAACGCCGCACAUCAUCUGCAGAAGCGCUUCAGGGAGACGUACGCGUGACUAGCACGGGAGCACGGCAAGGAGUACCAUCACCCCGCCCUCGCCCGCAGACAUACCACACACUGACUGGAUCUACAUACUUUCAAACUGACUGUUUUUUUUAAUAAACAUAACCUAUUCACACCUUAGAUAAGACAUAAUACAAAUCCAUUCUGAUUAAUUUAUCUUUUUUUUAUCUUUUAUGUACAUGUGAAUAGUUUUCUUUUGAAAAAGAUGAAAUCGGAACUUCAAUUUUGUAAUAAAAAAAAUUUUUUAGGCAAAAUCCAUGACUUUUUUUAUAAAAACUGUCAGUUUUAAAGUAUCUAGGUGUAAACGGCAUUUAUGAAAAGACGUUAUAAAUGACAUCAAUUAAAAAGAUAAAAUUAGGUAAUUUGGUAACUAAAUAUGUAGGAAAUAUGAUGAAAUAUGUCAAUUGAUCAAUUCAUAAUUAAAAAAUCACAUAUCUGGGUUAAGGUCAAAU